AUGUCGUCGGAGCUGGCCGUGUUGUGCUUCCUGCUCCUGCAAACUGGAGCUCAUGGGUUCAAGAUAUUACCCGGGAAAUCUCAGAGUCACAUGGAAAUCACUGAGGGUGCAAUUUUAAAUGUUGUUGUGCAAGUGUGCCAUGAUCUGGCUCAAGCUGAAGGGACAGACUUCACAUUUCCUUCAAAGCCUUACACCACAGAGGCUGUUGCUGUUGCAUGCAACGCCAGAAAGUCCUCCAGGAGUUUUGAGCAAGCCGUCAAAUCUGUCAUAGUACACAACGUCCGGGUGGAUCUCCGUCAUGCACUCAACGGGAGCUUCCACUUUGACGCUGAAAUGUUUGUGCGAGGAAGGAGAAUCAUCGCAGAGGGAGUCCAGGCCGUCAAAGCGAGCGACAAGCAAGAGAACUUUGAGGCAGCGAGGGACAAACUGGGGGAGAUUUUACAUCCAUUACAGGAUUUCUACAGUCAUAGUAACUGGGUGGAGCUGGGGAAAAAAUUCCCAAACUCUAAUCUGCUCCGACCAGACACCAGCAUUGGAAACCUAGCAGACAUAAGCAGAGCAACAUGUCGAAACUGUGAUGGAGACGACUGCACCAACAACAUUCUGGAGGACGUCAUAGCGGAGGGGAUACUGACCUCCGGUUAUUUUGGUAUUGUGCCUCUGGUCUCAACCAAACCAGACGGUAAAUGCAGCCAUGGAGGGGGGGUGGAUCUAACAAGCAACAUCAAGCCUAAAGGUGGAAUCAACAAAGACGCGUUUGAUUCCAGUCACGGACAUCUCCACACUGAAGCAGCAAACCUGGCCGGAGCUGCAACCGCUCAGCUGCUAGAUGACGUCCGAAGGGCCGCCGGCGACAGAGUCUUCCUCCAGAUGUUGGGAAUCUCCAAAGGAUCCAGUAAAGCUCUUUGUUUUGUGAUCGACACGACAAAGAGCAUGAGUGAUGACAUUGAGGCAGUGCAGAGUGUCACUUCCUCCAUUAUCAACAGCGAAGUGGGAACGGAGAACGAGCCCUCGACUUACAUUCUUGUACCGUUCAAUGACCCAGGAUUCGGGCCGUUGACAAAGACGACAGACCCGCAGGUGUUCAAGAACGUUAUCAACUCCCUGUCGGUAACUGGUGGAGGGGACGACGCAGAGAUGAGUCUCUCUGGGCUUCAGCUGGCUCUAACUGCUGCUCCCUUGAACUCUGAGAUCUUCGUCUUCACUGAUGCGCCUGCUAAAGACAAGCAGCUGAAAAGUGCAGUGAUCGCACUCAUCGAGCGAACUCAAACAGUGGUUAACUUCAUGAUUACUGACUCAAAUGUGACCAAUCGUCGGAUUCUGAGCAACAAAACGGGGAGACAGAGGGCGAUCGCCACAUCAGACUCUCAGGUGUACAGAGACCUGGCUCAGGCUUCAGGAGGUCAGGCUAUUGAAGUCACAAAAACUGAGCUCCCCGCGGCCACCAGCAUCAUAACAGAGUCCACCAGCUCCUCAUUGGUGACCCUCCUGCAAGCAGCCAGGAACCCGGGCAAAACCGAGAAUUUCUUCUUCAGGGUCGAUCGGUCUGUAACAAACCCGAGGGUUUACAUCACCGGGCGAUCUGUCACUUUCACUCUCAUCAGCCCCAGUGGUAAAUCACAGCAAAGCACCGACGCAACAGGGUCACUGAUCACCUCGUCGCAGUCAGUGGGAAACUACCUGAGUCUGCGUAUAAAAACAGAAGUUGGACAAUGGGAAAUAAGAAUGGUGUCGACUAAUCCCUACACUCUGAAGGUCAUAGCUCAGAGCUCUGUUGACUUCCUGUUGGACUUCGUGGAGGCGUCGCAGGGCCCAUUCGCUGGAUACGAUACACUUGACACACGCCCCAGAGCUGGUGUGAACGGUACCUUGUUGGUGACUUUGACGGGGAGUAAAUCUGGCAAGCUGACGGAAGUCACCCUGGUUGAAUCGAGUGGGUCAAAUGAGGUAAAAGGAGUUGUGGAGUCACAGGGAAGCGGAAAUUUCUUGGUCCGGGUUGACCAGAUGCCGUCGGAGGAGUUUGUGGUGCGGGUGAAGGGGCAAGUUGGCAGCUCUUCAUCGGGCGUCUUCCAAAGGCAAACACCUACCAACUUCAGAGCCUCUAAUGUGACUAUCAGCGCCGAUUCAAAUCCCAUCCUAAUACCAGGAACACUAUUCUCUGUGCCCUUCACCGUGACGACCGGUGGAACCGGGGGAAACUUCACCAUCCGAGCCACCCACAACCAACAACGUUUUGACUCAGUAUCUCCAACCUCUUUAAUCCUGGUAUCUGGAAACAGUACCGAUGGCACAGUGAACAUCACAGCACCGCUCAACACCCCAUCUGGAACUGAUUUCACCCUGACCAUUGAGGCCGAGGCUCCAGGGGGCGCUGACACCAACUACGUCAUGCUGCGUUUCUCGGUUCUUAACACGGUGACCGAUUUCACCAAGCCGGUGUGCCAGCUGCUCAGCUUGCAGUCCCGGUGCUUUGGUGCUUGCAACUCAUCGACGUGGGAGCUGUUGGUGCAGGUGACUGACGGGGAUGACGGGACGGGUGUCGAGCGCGUCAGCCUCAAACAAGGAAACGGGUCCUUGAACGCCAGCCAGGCCGCUGGCAAUGCAGACAUAAUGCUGGUGUCCUACAGGGCGUCUUGCUGCUCACCUGACAUGGAGCUGCUGACUGUGGAUCGGGUGGGAAAUGUAGGCUUCUGUUUCUACUCUCUCACAGGGAAUCCGCCAGCUGCUCUCUCUUCAUCCACCAAAGUCACUCAGUCACUCUUUCUUUUCCUGAGCAUGGUUGGGCUUGGGCUCCAUGUUACGAAUGUGGGGGGGGAUUCAGUGACUCCAGGAAAGCUCUGACCAACCUGCUGCAUAACUGCAAUCUGAUGGGUCCCGAUUGUUUGGGCACAGGGUGUUUUCUUUUUCC